AUGUCAGUUCUUGUGAAUGGGUCUCCAGCGGGUUUCUUUCCUACUUAUAGGGGGCUCCGGCAAGGAGAUCCUUUAUCUCCUUUAUUGUUUAUACUGGUGAUGGAAGCGCUGAGGCGGUUGUUAUCUAGAGCGGUGCAGGAAGGACGGCUGCAGGGAUUUGCGGCCGUCUCAGGUCUUCGGGUGAACUUAGCAAAGUCAGAACUGAUUCCAGUGGGGGAGGUGGCUACGAUUCCAGUGUUGGCAGCUAUUCUCGGGUGUAAGGUGGCAAAUUUGCCAAUUACGUAUUUGGGAUUACCUUUGGGGGCGUCUUUUAAGGCUAAAGGGGUAUGGGAUAGGGUGGUGGACCGUGUGCAGCGGCGGUUGGCAGGAUGGAAACGGCAAUAUUUAUCAAAAGGAGAGAGACUUACGUUGAUUAAGAGUGUUCUAUCUUCCAUCCCGACAUAUUUUAUGUCCGUCCAUGUGAUCCCGGUGUCAGUAACCAAGCGGAUAGAGCAGUUGCAGAGGGAUUUCUUGUGGGGUUCUGGGGGGAGGAAGGGGAUCUGGUUGGGGUGGGAGGAGUUUUGGAAGCGGGUGAAGCUCAAGGUUGGGGUAGGGGAUAGGGUUCGGUUUUGGCGCGAUCGGUGGUGUGGUGAUCUCACUUUAGAAGAGUGGUUCCCUUUGGUUUUUGGAAUUGCCGUUGAUGCUGAGGUUUUGAUGGGUGUUGUGUGGUCUGGCCAAGGGGUUUCGACUUUUUGGAAUGUGGGCCUGCGCCGUGCUGUUCAAGAUUGGGAGCAAGGUCAGUUGGUGGAGUUGUUGGCUUUUUUAUAUGGGUUGAGAGUGGGAGAGGACGGACAGGUCUCUUUGGUUUGGGAAUGUCCUGGGGCUAAGGGGACUUUUUCCGUUUCUUCUUAUUAUCGUGUGCUUGCUCAUGUGGAGGAGGUUGCUCUUCCUUGGAAGUGUGUCUGGGUUCCGGGUACGCCAUCUAAGGUGGCCUUUUUUGUGUGGACGGCUAUGUUGGGCCGUGUUUUGACUUUGGAUAAUUUAAUUCGCCGUGGCCACAUAUUGGUUAAUUGGUGUUGUUUGUGUUGUGGUGCUGCGGAGUCAGUGGAUCAUUUACUCAUUCAUUGUCUGGAAUCUUCUCGCCUUUGGAUGUUAGUUGUUGCGACUUUUGGUUUGGGUUGGGUGCAGCCAGCGUCGGUUCAAGCAAUCCUAUAUAGUUAG